CCUCUAUGCCUAUGAAAGCAUGGAUAUUGAGUUUGAAUGUUCAGUCUCUGGAAAGCCUGUUCCUACUGUGAAUUGGAUGAAGAAUGGAGAUGUGGUCAUUCCUAGUGAUUAUUUUCAGAUAGUGGGAGGAAGCAACUUACGGAUCCUUGGGGUAGUAAAGUCAGAUGAAGGUUUUUAUCAGUGCGUGGCAGAAAAUGAGGCUGGAAAUUCCCAGGCCAGUGCACAGCUCAUUGUCCCUAAGCCUGCUAUCCCAAGCUCCAGUGUCCUCCCUUCUGCUCCCAGAGAUGUGGUUCCUGUCCUGGUUUCCAGUCGAUUUGUUCGUCUGAGCUGGCGCCCACCUGCAGAAGCAAGAGGGAACAUUCAAACUUUCACGGUCUUCUUCUCUAGAGAAGGCGACAACAGGGAACGAGCAUUGAAUACAACCCAGCCUGGAUCCCUUCAGCUUACUGUGGGAAACCUGAAGCCUGAAGCCAUGUACACCUUCCGAGUGGUCGCCUACAAUGAGUGGGGACCUGGGGAGAGUUCUCAACCCAUCAAGGUGGCCACGCAGCCUGAGUUGCAAGUUCCAGGGCCAGUAGAAAACCUGCAAGCUGUAUCUACCUCACCUACCUCAAUCCUUAUUACCUGGGAACCUCCUGCCUAUGCAAAUGGUCCAGUUCAAGGUUACAGAUUGUUCUGCACUGAGGUGUCCACAGGGAAAGAACAGAAUAUAGAGGUUGAUGGACUAUCUUAUAAACUGGAAGGCCUGAAAAAAUUCACCGAAUAUACUCUUCGAUUCCUAGCUUAUAAUCGCUAUGGACCAGGAGUAUCUACGGAUGAUAUAACAGUUGUUACGCUUUCUGAUGUGCCAAGUGCUCCCCCUCAGAACGUCUCCUUGGAAGUGGUUAAUUCAAGGAGUAUCAAAGUAAGCUGGUUGCCUCCUCCACCAGGAACACAAAAUGGAUUUAUUACUGGCUAUAAAAUUCGACACCGAAAGACGACCCGCAGGGGUGAGAUGGAAACAUUGGAGCCGAACAACCUCUGGUACCUGUUCACAGGACUGGAGAAGGGAAGUCAGUACAGUUUCCAAGUGUCAGCCAUGACAGUCAAUGGUACUGGCCCAUCAUCCAACUGGUAUACAACGGAGACUCCAGAGAAUGAUCUAGAUGAGUCUCAAGUUCCUGAUCAGCCAAGUUCUCUUCAUGUGAGACCCCAGACCAACUGCAUCAUCAUGAGCUGGACUCCUCCCCUGAACCCAAACAUUGUGGUACGAGGUUACAUUAUCGGUUAUGGUGUUGGGAGCCCUUAUGCUGAGACAGUGCGUGUGGACAGUAAGCAGCGAUAUUACUCCAUAGAGAGAUUGGAGUCAAGUUCCCAUUAUGUGAUCUCCCUAAAGGCUUUUAACAAUGCAGGAGAAGGAGUCCCUCUUUAUGAGAGUGCCACCACCAGGUCUAUAACAGAUCCCACGGACCCCGUUGAUUAUUAUCCUUUGCUUGAUGAUUUCCCCACCUCGGUCCCAGAUAUCUCCACCCCCAUGCUCCCACCAGUAGGUGUACAGGCUGUGGCGCUCACCCACGAUGCCGUGAGGGUCAGCUGGGCCGACAACUCUGUCCCCAAGAACCAAAAGACGUCUGAGGUGCGACUUUACACUGUCCGGUGGAGAACCAGCUUUUCUGCAAGUGCAAAAUACAAGUCAGAAGACACAACAUCUCUAAGUUACACGGCAACGGGCCUCAAACCAAACACUAUGUACGAAUUCUCGGUCAUGGUAACAAAAAACAGAAGGUCGAGUACAUGGAGCAUGACUGCACACGCCACCACUUACGAAGCGGCCCCGACCUCUGCUCCCAAGGAUUUGACAGUCAUUACUCGAGAAGGGAAGCCUCGUGCUGUCAUUGUGAGCUGGCAGCCUCCCUUAGAAGCCAAUGGGAAAAUUACUGCAUACAUCUUAUUUUAUACCUUGGACAAGAAUAUCCCAAUUGAUGACUGGAUUAUGGAAACCAUCAGUGGCGAUCGGCUAACUCAUCAAAUCAUGGAUCUCAACCUCGACACUAUGUAUUACUUUCGAAUUCAAGCAAGAAAUGCGAAAGGAGUGGGGCCCCUCUCGGAUCCCAUCCUCUUCAGGACUUUGAAAGUGGAACACCCUGACAAAAUGGCUAAUGACCAAGGUCGUCAUGGAGAUGGAGGCUACUGGCCAGUUGAUACUAAUUUGAUUGAUAGAAGCACUCUCAAUGAGCCACCCAUUGGACAGAUGCACCCCCCACAUGGCAGUGCCACCCCUCAGAAGAACAGCAACCUGCUUGUGAUCAUUGUGGUCACCAUUGGCGUCAUCACAGUGCUGGUCGUGGUGAUCGUGGCUGUCAUUUGCACCCGGCGUUCUUCAGCCCAACAGAGAAAGAAACGGGCCACCCACAGUGUUGGCAAAAGGAAGGGCAGCCAGAAGGACCUUCGACCUCCUGAUCUUUGGAUUCAUCAUGAAGAAAUGGAGAUGAAAAAUAUUGAGAAGCCAUCAGGCACUGACCCCGCAGGAAGGGAUUCCCCCAUCCAAAGUUGCCAAGACCUCACACCAGUCAGCCACAGCCAGUCAGAAACCCAGCUUGGGAGUAAAAGCACUUCUCAUUCAGGUCAAGACACUGAGGAAGCAGGGAGCUCCCUGUCCACUCUGGAGAGGUCACUGGCUGCACGGCGAGCCACCCGAGCCAAGCUCAUGAUCCCUAUGGAUGCCCAGUCCAACAACCCUGCUGUCGUGAGCGCCAUCCCUGUGCCAACCCUAGAAAGUGCCCAGUACCCAGGAAUCCUCCCAUCUCCCACGUGUGGAUACCCACACCCGCAGUUCACGCUCCGGCCGGUGCCAUUCCCAACACUGUCAGUGGACCGAAGUUUUGGAGCAGGAAGAACGGUGAGUGAAGGACCAACCACCCAACAACCGCCCAUGUUGCCUCCAACUCAACCUGAACAUCCUAGCAGUGAGGAGGCACCGAGCAGAACCAUCCCCACAGCUUGUGUUCGACCAACCCAUCCACUUCGCAGCUUUGCCAACCCUUUGCUACCUCCACCAAUGAGUGCAAUAGAACCGAAAGUCCCUUACACACCGCUUUUAUCUCAGCCAGGGCCUACUCUUCCCAAGACUCAUGUUAAAACAGCCUCUCUUGGGCUGGCUGGAAAGGCAAGAUCCCCUUUGCUUCCUGUGUCUGUGCCAACAGCCCCUGAAGUGUCCGAAGAGGGCCACAAGCCAACAGAGGAUCCAGCCAAUGUGUAUGAACAGGAUGAUUUGAGUGAACAAAUGGCAAGUUUGGAAGGGCUAAUGAAGCAACUCAAUGCCAUUACAGGCUCAGCCUUUUAACAUGUAUCGCUGAAUUGAUGAAGUGAAUUUUCUGGGGACGUUUCAGAAUACCAGUUAUCCAUAAACAGCACACCUGUGUCCAAGAACUCUCUCCAGUGUACAGGUCAACCAUCAGGACCACCCAGUCAAGAACAACGCUGAAGCAGAUCAGAAGGAAUAAGCAUCCCUUCUUUCAUAGGCAUCAGAAAUGGUGAAAUGAUGACCAUGAGGUCCCUAAAAAAAGCAGAAGAUGCAUCUUCACGGCAAUGUCAGAGCUGAAGCUGCUAGAAUAGUCCUGGGUCUUUGCCACUGCAGUGACCACACUGUCAUAAUUAACGCCUUUGGUUUUCUUUGUCAAGGCCUGUCAUUCUCUGUGUAGGUCUAGUCUUACAAAAUGCAAGUGCAUUAUUUAAGCCUGUACCAUGCUAUGGCAAACCUGUGCAAGCUCACUAUUUUGUUUUCAACUCUAAAGUACAAAGCACCCAUGGGAAUUCUCUCACUACAGAGCACCGAAGGAUUGGAUGUUUUCCUGACAGCACAAAAAGUAACUAAGUAAACAAAAGGCAGUGAAUGCUCAUGUUUGUAACUCAGUCAUUCAUCUUGCACAAGCGUUGGAUAUUAGCAAGUGGCUAUAAAAUUCAGCCAUGUUAGCAAGUAUUUGUAAAUCCACCCUUGGUUAACAUUUAUGUCUGGAGUACAGGAACUUAAAAAUCUGCAACCAGUGGCAACCUGCCAGCAGCAGUGUAUUUCUGGAAAGAGAAUACAAUAUGCAAUCUUCUCAGACCCACGGUAAUUAUGUGUUUAAGCUUGUAAUAGGAUACUUUUCAAUUUGGGUGGCUUUUGUGCCAUACCACACUGUGAUGACAUUUCAGAGCUUCGCCAAGGCCAUCUUCCUCAGGAGUCUGGCCAGGAGACUUCCCCCUAACCUCACACCCAAAACCCCUUCAUGCCAUCACCUCAUCCCUCCCUGAGUUCUCCUUGGCAACUAGCCUUGGGUGAAGUGGCCAGCUUCACACAUAGUAUGGCUUCCUGGCCCAUGCCCCCCAUAGAAAUGGCAGACCCCUUAAGGCCAGGUUCUGAGGAAGGGAAGAUAAAUAGCAGGCAGUUCCCACUAGUACCUUCUCUUGAUAACCAGUUCCACCUACAGUGUCCUCACCAACUUAUGUUGGGCAGCAUUGGCAAGUGUUGACCACCAGGCCCUGUUGCCAAGGGAACUCCUACCCUAUGCCUGUGCCACAGACAGAGAGGCCCAGAGGGGUAGGUGCCACUUGACACUGGUGACACAUCAUAAAUCCAGUGGAUACUUAUCAAAGCAGCAUCUUAAAUUGCAGGCUAGAAUCUUAAAUUCCUAUUGCCAUGUUUAUCUACAGCUUCAAACUAGCCGAAAUUAGGAACAUUCUGUGUGCACCCCUUUCAGUUUCUGAAUUUUCAGCUGCAUUUGGAGUUAAUCCCUGUUUAUGCAGUUGAAUUGCCAGAAGGGAGCUAGUUUGCAUAUUUAUCAGUUAGGCGACUUGAAAACCCAAUGAGAGUUUCAGCUGAAUUAUUUCUUUCAGCUCUGCCUUUGAUUUCAAGCUUGAGUAGGUCAUAAUUUUUAAAAGAGCAUGGAAGGGAUAGGAUCUUUACAACCUAAUAGCUCCUUUUAUUAGGUGGGUAAUUAUAUAUGAAUCCCUGAAUGAAAUAUUUUGAGCAAAAUGGCGCUGUAACAGAAGUAAUAAUUCAGAUUAUUUUUUUACAGUUUUAUGUCGGGAAGGAAAUCUGAUGUCAAAGAGAGGGCUUGAUCAAAUGGUUCAUUGGAAAGUCCGGUCCACUUGCGAAAUUGUUCCUUCAAUAAGAGUGCUUGUUCAAUUUCCUAAGGUUUUCUGGAAGCCCUUCUGAAGAGCUCUGUGACGUUAUUCUAUGGAACAGAUUAUUUUUACUCAAUAUCUGACACUUGGAGAAUCUUCCACUGACCUGGAAUAAGGCAUUUCCUAACAUAAUAUCAAGUCCCUCAGAAAUAAUCCAUUACUUCAGAGACAAAUGUUCAUUAGGUUAAUUUAACCUUCUUGAAGUCAUGGAAUAGCUUCCUCUUUCCAAACAGAGGAACAUUCUGUGAAAGCAUUUGACACCCAUGAGGGUUCUCCUGAGGACUCAGUUUGAAAUGGAUGACAAAUCACUGUUUUCCGGAGUUGGGUUAUAACUUCAGUCUAUAGAAUAUACUUAGACAAUCAAGAGAACUAGCAUUCACAAAAGUACAGACACCUCUAUUCAAAGUUAAUAAUUAUUUAAAAAAGUGAAAUUUUGGGGAACCAGCAGUUACCGUAAUGGCUA